GUUUUGAGGCAUGCAUAUAUAUGGUGGAUGUUUAAUUUAUCUAUUUUUAUUAAGUUGAUCUUAAUUUUGUGCAGGCCACUCUAUGCAGAACUAGUUCUUUGGAGUCAAGGAUAAGACAUGCAACCAAAGAAGCGCUUCAGGAAAUAGAAAGUGUUGAAACCGCGUGUGGUUGCGGCAGACAGAUACCUGCCACUACUUGCCGAAACUGUUUGAUGAGAGAAGUUUCCAGGCACCUUCAGAAAGCAGGAUAUAAUAGUGCUAUUUGCAAAACUAAAUGGAGAAGCUCACCGGAUAUUCCCUCUGGGGAACACAAUUUUUUGGAUGUGAUAGAGAGGACAAAAAGGGGGGAGGUGAGGGUGAUAGUGGAGGUGAAUUUCCGAGGAGAGUUUGAGAUGGCGAGGGGAAGUGAGGAUUACAAUCAACUCGUUGGGAGGCUGCCAGAGGUGUUUGUGGGGAAGGUGGAGAGGUUGAGCAACGUAAUAAAGAUAGUGUGUAUGGCAGGGAAAAGGUGCAUGAAGGAAAAGAAAAUGCACAUGGGACCAUGGAGGAAGCAUAGGUACAUGCAGGCUAAGUGGUUAGGUCCAUGUGAAAGGGACACUUGCACAACCUCUUUGUCAAUGAUGCCAAUGCCAAUGACAAAGCCAAGGCCAAGGGCAUCCAUGUUGACCGUUGAUCUGCUAGACAAGCUUCCCAAUAUGCAUUGCACACCAGUUGAGGUUGUGUAAUUGUGUGUGUGAGAGAGAAGCAUAGUUUUUUUUUGGCCCUAUUUUGUUUUGGUUUAAUUUCCCACCUGGUGAAUAGUAAAUGAGUGAUUCGCAAAUGUCCCAUAUACGUGCACGUAAAAAUAAAAUUGUGGAAAUUAUAUGAGGGUGCAGUUCAAAGAUGCUCUUAAUGUU